CACCACCUACCUCCUGCCAGCCCUGUUAUUUCCUUAUCACCUGGAGUCUCUGCCAGUCAGCCAGCUUCUCAGAGCAACUGCGGGAACACAGCAGGGAACGUGGACUGACCAACGGAAGCACUACAGGAAGCAUGUCUACAAGGACAGAAAACAUAAAACAUAGACCCGUGCUCCCCCACACGGAGUUGGGCUUGAAGAAUUUGAUCAGAUAAAUUGAGGGGAGAUCUCCCCACCAUGAAGGCGACCUUCUCAAUGGCCCUCCUUGUUCUAACUGUCUCAGUGUGGACUUCCUUUGCAGUUGAUUUCCCUCUUCCUAUGGCCAGUCACAUGACGGAUGAACUCUUCCAGGAGACAAAGGAUUUGUGCCAGAAGAACGUAAGGAAUUGCUGGAUCGUUUCCUACUAUAACCCCAGUGAGCCCAUAUGUGCCAGUGACCAUGCCACCUACCACGGCGAGUGCCAUCUCUGCUCCAGAAUUCUAUACGAAAGCAGAACCAUAAUUAAAAUGCAUGAUGGAGAAUGUAUUUACUCCUUGGAUGAGUCUGAACAGGAAUAAAAGUUACUGGAUCCUCAGAUAGCCAAGUGAAGCAUGAUGGCUGAGUCUUCAAAGAUACCCAAUUUGGGGGUCAGGGCUGGAGUUCUUGGUAGAGGACUUGCUUAGCAUGUAUGAAGCUGUAGGUUCGAUCUCCAGUGUUUGGAAGAAAAAAAGGAAUAGCUCCUUGAGAAGUGCAUCCUGGUAGUAGAAGAUACUUGAAUCAAAUUCAUUGAUUUGCUUCUUCAAUAAAUGAUUCUCAGCAUA